GUAAAGGCUUUCACGUGUUGGGAGCGAACGCCAUGUGCUCAUUGCAGUCACCCAACUUUUAUUAGAGAUAAGAGAAGGAGUAGUAAGAACCCUUCAUAGCUCAUCUCCCGGAUCUUGCUAUCCCCUUUUAUAUAUCUAUAUCUAUAUAUAUAUAAAAUAUACAUUAUAUAUAUAUAUAUAUAUAUAUAUAUAUAUAUAUAUAUAUAGAAGCCAUUAAGAUCGAGUAGUGUCAUUGAGACAUACCAAAACAUAUCUUACAAGAAUGACUUCUUGGGUUAGGACAAUCACAUCUCCAUUCAGAAAAGCUCGUACAUUCUUCAAUCCGCAACCUAGAGAUAAGAAGUCCCAGCAAUUAGAGCAUGAGAAUCGUGUGACGGAUCUUCAUGGGGAGGUGAUGGCAUGUGCUUAUGAGGAUGUUCAGGUGAUGUGGUCCAUUUUGGACAAGUCCAAGCCCAGAACCUGCAACAUGACCACUUCUUAGAGCUAUAGUAUAUAUAAUUAUAUAUACAUAAUUGUGUGUGUGUAUAUAUAUAUAUAUAUAUAUAUAUGUAUGUAUAUAGAGUGGUUAGCUAGAUCAGGUCCAUUGGAGCUCCUAUGAAUUGCCUCAACCUCAGCAUGUUCAAGGUGUACCAUUUGUGUGUGCUCCUCCUUCAAUUGGUCUGGUGGUGUUGAAGCUUUGGCAAUUGGUGAAGAAAAUGGAAAAUUAGUGAUUGUAAUUUGUAGUCAACAUGUUGUACUUUUCUGUCUUUUAUUUUAUUUUCUACCUUUUUGUUGGGAAUCCCUGUGAUUAAUUAGGAUCAUGGUGAGAUUUUUAGUCAGUUGGAUCUUGGAUCUUGGAUCUUGGAUCUUGGUCCUUAUUUUGUAUGGAUGGCAUAUUUUCAUUUCUAGUUGUUUAAUAAUAGUUUUUGAUAAAA